CCAUACAAGCUAUCGUUAGGCCCCAGGGUCGUCCUUCUAUCAACCUUUCCGCCAUCUCUCAAGUUCGGCGACAUCGGUUUCACCUGCCACAGCAACGCGCCAUAGCUACAGGACGCUCGAUUCACUCGAAUCAUCCGAGACGUUAUCUCAGAAAGUAUACCACUGACGCAACAAGCAUGUACGCGCCAAUCGAGCCUUAUGAGACAGGAACGCUCAAGGUCUCCGACAUCCAUACCCUCUACUAUGAAAUCAGCGGGAACAAGGACGGCUCGCCCGUGAUCUUUCUGCACGGCGGUCCCGGUGGAGGCUGCGACGAGAAGGAUCGCUCAUUCUUCGAUCCCUCCCAGUACAAGAUCAUCCUUCUUGACCAGCGCGGGGCCGGAAAGUCAACCCCUACGGCUUCUCUCGAGGAGAACACUACGUGGGACCUGGUGAAAGACAUUGAGAGGCUGCGGGAGCGUCUCGGAAUCGACAAGUGGCAUGUCUUCGGCGGUUCUUGGGGCUCUACUCUCUCCCUGGCUUACGCUCAGUCUCACCCGGACCGGGUUAAGACUAUGGUUCUUCGAGGCAUCUUCACUCUGCGCAAGAGCGAACUGCGUUUCUUCUACCAAGACGGUGCUUCGCACCUCUUCCCAGAGGCCUGGGAGGAAUUUAUUGCACCUAUCCCGGAACCCGAGCGCCAAGACAUCGUCACGGCGUACCAUGCACAGCUCAAUGCGGCCGACGACGAGACGCGACUCCGCGCAGCGCGCGCAUGGACUAAAUGGGAGAUGACGACGUCGAAACUCUACGUUGACCCCGCACAAGUUGCAGAGGCCGAGGAGAAUGAUUUUGCCAACGCGUUCGCAAGAAUCGAGAACCACUACUUCGUCAACGAUGGAUUCAUGCGCGACGGCCAGCUCCUUGAGAAGCAGGAAAUUGAUAAAAUCCGCCACAUUCCCUGCGUGGUGGUGCAAGGCCGGUACGAUGUCAUUUGCCCGGCGACGACGGCAUACGCGUUGAAGAAGGUAUGGCCGGAGAUCACGCUGCACAUUGUGCCCGACGCAGGCCACUCUUCGCGCGAACCGGGCACCGCCAAGCUGCUUGUCAAGGCCACGGACGAGUUCGCGCACAUUUGAAUGCCAGUGGGCACAGGGCGCGAGGGCGAGAAGAUGCAUGCCCCGGAUGCUGAUGUACCGAGUAUAGCGCGCGCGAGGAUUGGCUGGCGGGGUGGAGAACAAGGAUGUAUGCUAUGUGGCAAGGUAAGAAUACAAGUAUGAAGAUGCGGCUGUGCGUCCAGACCGAGGUGGCCGCAAGUCCG